CCAAGGGGGGGAGGGGGCGAGCGAGCCAUUCCUCCGCCAUCUUCCCCGCACGUAGACGUCCCACAGAACACACUUCACCAUGACUCUCGCCAAGCCUGUGAUGCGAGGGCUGCUUGUCGCCCAGAUCAAGAAGCACCUCAUCAUCGCCUCAGGACUCAGCACGGUGGCCGUCUUCGCAUGGAAGUUCAUGGUGCAGGAUCCGAGGAUCCAGGCCUAUGCCGACUUCUACAAGACCUACGAUGCCCAGGCUGAGUUUGACCGCAUGAGGAACCUUGGCCUCUUCCAGUCCUGCAAACCUGACGGGGAAGAGUGAGGCGCCUCAUGGCGUGGCUGUCAGGUGGAGUGGUGCGUGUGAAUACCUUUGUAAAAUAUUCCAAAUUUCGCUGUAAAUGUAAAUUAUACUAGAGAAUGUGACUAUCAGUAACCUUUAACAUGUACUGAGGGGAUAAAAUGUAUAUACCUA